AUGAGGUAUGAAUCCUAUCGUGGACUCCGUGCAGAAGAUCCCCUCGAGUCUCGCAAGAAGCUCGUCUUUGACUCCUUGCAGCUUCUUCUUGAAGUGAGCUUACACCCGUCCUCCCUCCAAAAGCCCUUAGCAAAAUCCCUUGAUGUUGUUGUUUCCGGCCUUGCAUCGCUCGCCGAUAUUGCGCAUAAUGAUCUCGAAGCCGAUGAGCCCGAGGCUCUGUCCGAGCACAAGGACCUCUUGGAGCUAUACGCUUUUCUCCUACAAUGGGCGCUGUCUUCUGUUGAGGCAAAGAUAGCAGAGAAACCACCUACAACUGGGCCGGGAAGGAGAGGAGGUGGAAAGGCGGGGCGUAAGACCGCAAGGGAUGAGUCGUGGGAUUCCUCUGCACAGAUACAGAUUGAAAGCGAGCAGAGAGUCAAGAGCAUGUCAAUACGGAUGCAUGCAUUUAAGGUACUCUGUAUUGCAGUGAAGCAUCAUGGGCAUGCUUUUGGUAAGUUUCUACCACGAAUAGCUUUCCCUAGCUACCAGCGUAACAUCAUAUUAGGUGCCCAGACAUCUAUUGUGCAAAGCCUCACUUAUUUUGAGCAUCUUUCGGACCCUAUGGCUGAAUUCCUACAUAUCCUGGCGGAGCAAUACGACUACCCUCAGCUCGCGGAUGAGAUUCUAAGGGAGGUUGAAAUAAGGAGUCAAUCAAAUGAUACCAGGGCCCUAGGUCAGUGUCCGCUUUUAUUGUUAAGCUGUCUGAAGCUUGCGCCUCGACUUGUCAUCAAGCAAAUGACCCUACUGGCCAAGCAGCUAGAUAGUGAAGCUUAUACCCUCCGGUGUGCUGUUAUCGAAGUGUGCGGAAACUUGAUCUCCGACUUGAGUAAACAAGAGGAAAGAAGUGAAAACUUCCAAACUCAAAUAAAUUCUUUCUUUGAUGUGCUGGAGGAGCGCUUCCUUGACAUGAACCCUUACUGUCGCUGCCGUGUGAUACAGGUAUAUAUGAAGAUUUGCGACCUCGACCAGAAGUUCCCCAAACGACGACAGACAGCGGCCAAGCUUGCAGCUCGAAGCUUGGAAGACAAGAGCAGUAAUGUUCGAAGGAAUGCGAUAAAACUACUAGGAAAACUAGUCUCAACACACCCCUUUAGCGUUAUGCAUGGGGGCCAGCUGUCAUACAAAGACUGGGAAGUUCGCUUGCAUGCUGUGGAAGAAGAACUUGAUGCAUUGAAGCCACCACCGGAGACCCCUGGGCUAGCGGAGAUGGGGAUUGAAAGCACCCAGAUCGAUAGCGAACUGCUGGAUGAUGCUACGCAAGUACCUGAUGACUCUCCUUCAAAGGCUCCAAGAAUGACAGAAGAAGAAAAAGCGGCAGCAGUUCAGAAAGCUGCAGAGGAAGCUGCAACGUCGGAGAUGCUUGCACGGCUGCAGUUAACCCGGAAGUACUAUCUUGAGGCGAUUCAGUUUAUUGAGGUUUUGCACAGCGCAUCAGAGACUGUGCUGCAGCUGCUAUCAUCCCGGAACAAGAGCGAGGUGAUCGAGGCUAUGGACUUUUUUGUGAUGCUGGACGCAUACAAGGUGGAAACCUCACGAGCUGGGAUACGCAGAAUGCUACGAUUGAUAUGGAUGAAGGGUAACAGUGACGAAGGGAAAGGUGUUCAGAACCAUCUGAUUGAUUGCUACAAGGGGCUGUUCUUUGACGCACCCGAUGCUUUUAGCCCAAACGACACAGCCAACUAUAUUGCCCGCAACAUGAUAAGCCUGACAUUUGGCGCAACCCCAGCGGAGCUUACCUCCCUGGAACAGCUGCUUAGCACUAUGGUGAAGGCAGGCCACAUCUCAGAGCUCGUGAUCGGAAAACUAUGGCAGGUGUAUGGGGUUCAGAAGAAGGAAAUAUCAAGAACACAAAGAAGAGGCGCCAUUAUUGUACUGGGAAUGCUUGCGCUUGCUGACCAAGAGAUUGCAGUCAGGGAGAUCGAGAUUAUGCUCCGGAUAGGCCUGGGCAGCCUGGGACGGUCGGAUCUUGUCCUUGCUAAAUACACCUGCAUCGCGCUGAAGCGAAUCAAACCCGGGCGGCAGGCCAUUGUAAAGGAUGGGGCACAUCCAAAGCUGGCAAACGACCAUCCAGUGUUGCUCAAGUUGGCUGCCAUGAUGGAGAUCGUGUCCCGACAGCAAGGAGUGCAAAGAAUGGAUAGCGAAGGAGACCGCCCGUCGUCGGCAUCUUCAGCAUCAGCGGUAACGGCAGCGACGACUCCCGCAGAAGAUAGCACUGCGGCUCGGCAAAAGGCCAGCGUUAUCGGGCUGUCACAGCUGCUGAUUAUUGUUGGUCACAUCGCGAUCAAGCAGAUCGUGCACCUUGAACUGUGCGAACUUGACUUCAAGCGCAGGAAGGCCGAGCAAGAAAAGGAAAAGGCAGCCAAUCCAGCUCAGGGGAAGAAUGACGACGCAACCGCGGAGGACAAUGAACUUGACCUGAUCGGAGGCACGACAGAAGACGACUUUACGGAGGCGAUGGCCCACAUCCGCGAGAGAGAGCUGCUGUACGGGGAGAACUCGCUGCUGACGCACUUCGGCCCCUUGGUGACAGAGAUAUGCUCGAACAACACGGCAUACCCGGACCAGAACCUUCAGGCGACGGCGACUCUGUGUAUGGCCAAGCUGAUGUGCGUGUCAGCAGAGUAUUGCGAGAGUAACCUGCCGCUGCUGAUCACGAUAAUGGAGCGGUCGGACGAUCCGAUAGUGAGGAGCAACGCGGUGAUAGCGCUGGGCGACAUGGCCGUGUGUUUCAACCACCUGAUAGACGAGAACACCGAUUUCCUGUACCGGCGGCUGAACGAUGAUGACGUCUCGGUGAAGCGAACGUGUCUGAUGACGCUGACGUUCCUGAUCCUGGCGGGCCAGAUCAAGGUGAAGGGCCAGCUGGGGGAGAUGGCCAAGUGUCUGGAGGAUGAGGACAAGAAGAUCGCGGACCUCGCGCGGAUGUUCUUUACUGAGCUGUCGACGAAGGACAAUGCGGUGUACAACCACUUUGUGGACAUGUUCAGUCUGCUGAGCACGGAGAAGUCGCUGGAGGAGGAGUCACUGCGGCGGAUCAUCAAGUUCCUCGCCGGCUUUGUCGAGAAGGACAAACAUGCGAAACAACUGGCAGAUAAGCUGGCGGCGCGACUGACGAGGUGCGAGACGGAGAAGCAAUGGAACGACGUUGCAUACGCGCUGAGCUUGUUACCGCACAAGAACGAGGAGAUCACCAAGACAGUGGCAGCGGGCUUUAAAGUCGUGCAAGCCAAUUAA